AUGUCGACGAGCUUCUCGUCGUCGGUCUCGAGCCAGACAUCACAAGGCUCUCAAUCCGCCGCGACUCCUCUGGGCACGCCUUCAGGCCCGGCGCGCAACAAAUCAUGGCAUGUCCCUGGCCCCUCGACGCGUUACCACAAGAGCGAGCACGCCAGACCGAAGCCCGUUCCCAGAUCCAGUACCAACACGCAGCAACACGUGCGUAACCAGUCUUCACUGUCCACGCGCUCGUCACAUACCGAAGCUUCUGCAACCGCCUCUCCCCUGGCGCGUCUCAAUUUCGCUCGCGACCCGCACAAGGACUAUGCCUACAAUCCAAAUGACACCAUCAAGCCGCGCAACAACCCCGCCACCCCGAUGCGCUCUCCUCAUAUGGCCAGCAAUAACUUCAACAACCUCCGCUUCCAGGGCUCGCCGUUCUCCGACUACUUCACCGACGACGCGAGAUCCGUGGAUCACGAUGCCCCUUAUCACCCUUCGGACCCGGCUCAAAAGCUCUUGCUGCGUCUGAACAACCUUGGUGGCGACAUUCUGCGUCUCGGCCUUCAGGAUGAUUCACUCUCCGACUUCAACGAGAAGUUGUGUACCCUUGAAGCAAUGGUUCACGACGGCGUCUUCAGCGACGCUGGCUCUUUGACUGAAGAAAGAGAUCGCCGCAACUCCUUCCCUGGACGUCUUUACACCGAUGAUCACUCUCAGGGACAUGAAGCUCGUGAGCGUAUCUUGUCGCCCGAGCAUUCAAACAAGUCUCGUCUGUCCGAUGUUUGGAUGGCCGACGCUUGCGAAUAUACCGAUGCCUUCACCCAGACCGUCGAUGAGCUCCAGUGUGGUCUCGCGAUUUCGUAUGCCACAUCGGUCACCCAAACUGACGAGCAACCUCCGAAAGAAUUGGCCGAAUCUGCUGUCUGGGUCAACGAUUAUACCGAUGUCUCGACACAAACCACAAACGACCGCCUGGUCGCUGAUCUGCAAGAGGUCGUCGAGCGCCUAGCCAAGGCAAACGACUCUCUGCGCCAGCGUUACGACCAGAGCAAAGAUGUUUGCGACACUCAAUCUGUGCAAAUCGAAGAGCUGACUACCCAAUUGAUGAUGAUCAAAUCUGAGAACGAUAGCCUCAAGCAGGACUUGGGCUUCGACCACUCUGAACUCCUUUUCUUGAAGCUCCAGUUGCAGGCUCUCGAAGUCCAGAAGGAGAACUACGAUCACAACAACCAUGUCUUGCUUGCAGAAGAUUUUGUCCAGUGGAAGGCUGAUUGGGACAGUGUCGACGCGCGUCUUCGCUCCAGAAGACAGAAAAACCGUGUCACGUCUGCUGACAUCAAGGACUUGCCCAGUUUGGAUGAUGACAAGAAUAUCAAGCCUGAAGACCAAGGCAACUGGCAGCUGGAAACCAGCAAGCAUCGCCAAGGCAGAGUUCACUCCAUCACUCUUAAGCGUGUUGAUGAGUCUGAACCUCAGGCAGAAGAUGGUGCUCUGGUCGACUCACACUUUGACAUCCCUGCCUCGCCUGUUGUCAAGACUGUUUACUCAGAGCAGGCUACUCAGACCGAAGAAGCGCCUUCCGAGGCCGAGAGCACCUUGACUGAAGAUACCACCGCUACACAAGGAACUCAGACUGAUGUCGAACCUUCUUUCUGUCAGACGGAGAUCAAGUCUCAACAGACAGAGCCUAUCGAGGCACUUGAACUCGAUGACGAGACCCAAGAACAAGAAUCCAGCCUGGAACAGCCUUCAGUCUCUCAGUCCCCUUGUUGCGAGAAGGAGCAUUUGUGCACAGCAUGCGGCGAGAAGCUCGACUAUUCUUCCGAAGAAGACGGACCGAACUCAAAGACACCCUGGCGAGAGCUUUGUGAUGGCCUUGUCGCAUUCGCCGGCAUGCAACGUGAUUGA